AUUUCAGACCAAAAAAAGCUUUUCUCUGUUUCCCUCACUUCCUCUCCUUCUUUCCUUCUUUCUAUCUCUAAAUUUUUUAGAAAAUGAGGUGCGGGGAGCUUUUGAUACGAAGCUACGACUCCCAUAUAGAUAGAGCUCGAGUGGAAGAUCUCGAGAGGCGAUGCGAGGUAGGGCCAGCCCAGCGAGUGUUUCUCUUCACAGACACUUUGGGUGACCCCAUUUGCAGAAUCCGAAAUAGUCCCAUGUACAUCAUGCUGGUAGCAGAGCUGGAUAACGAGCUGGUUGGUGUCAUUCAAGGCACCAUAAAGCUCGUGACGUUGCAUAACCUAACGAAGGUGGGAUAUGCCUUGGGUCUAAGGGUUGCACCACUGCACCGACGGAGAGGGAUUGGGUUGAGGCUGGUGCUGAAGCUAGAAGAAUGGUUCAUUGGAAACGACGUUGAUUAUGCUUACAUGGCCACGGCGAAGGAUAAUGAGGCCUCCGUUAGCCUCUUCAUGAAGUUAGGAUACGUUAAUUUCCGAACUCCAGCCAUUCUCGUUAAUCCGGUUAGCCACCGAAUGUACCAUAGCUCAUCAACGGUUGAGAUUAAAAAAUUAAUGGCAGAGGAAGCAGAGGUGGUCUACCGCAGAUUUAUGUCCUCAAUGGAGUUCUUUCCGGAUGAUAUAGAUAGUAUUUUGAGGUGCAAGCUGAAUUUGGGGACGUGGGUGGCUUAUCCAAGGGGGGAAUCAUGGGAUUAUUCAAAUGGACAGUUUCCGAGUAGUUGGGCAAUGCUAAGUGUAUGGAACAGUGGGGAGCUUUUCAAAUUGAGAUUAGAAAAGGCACCAAUUUCUUGCUUCAUUUACACGAAGAGUUCUAGAUUAAUGGCUAAGUUGGUUCCAAGCUGCUUCAAGCUACGGGACAUGCCGGAUUUUUUCCAUCCAUUCGGGUUCUUCUUUGUGUACGGAUUGCACCGGGAAGGCCAGGCGUCCGGGAAGCUGAUGCGUACCCUAUGCAAAUUUGUGCACAACCUUGCUAUAAAGUCGUCUGAGGACUGUAAGGUUAUUGUUACCGAAGUCGGAGGAGGUGAUAGAGUGAAACUUCACAUCCCACACUGGGAAUUUCUCUCCUGUCCGGCAGAUCUGUGGUGCAUAAAAUCCUUGAAAAAUGAAGAGGGAACCCAACAUGUCAAUGAUUUGACCAAAGCCCCACCAAGGACACUUUUUGUAGACCCAAGAGAGGUCUAAUGUCUUAAGUUCAUACAUACCCUUUACGGCCGCCUCGCCUCGAUAGU